CUAUAAAGGCUCGGGGCCGGGGGGCGCGCCCGGCCGCGCGCGGGAGCUGCGGUUCCCCUGGCGGGCUGCGUGGAGGCGGCGCGCGGGGAGCGGCGCGGAGCCCGACCCCUGGUAACCCGCAGGGUCUCCACAGGCUCGGCCCUAAGUCCUGGGAGCAUCUGUGCUAACUGCCGCCCGCUGCCCACAGCACUGUCCACUGAGGCUCUCGGCGGCCGGAGCCCCCUCUCGACUCCCAGGGUGGAGCUUUGCGGGUCCUGUCAUGGUGGCUCUGUGGCCACUUCUCUGUCGGUGGCAGAGUGACUGGUAGCAGUGGGUGCCUGGCACAGGACAAGCUUCCAGAAAGUUCCAGAAGGAGAGGCGACCUUCCUUGCUCCAGGAUUUGUAUCCGCCUGUCAGACCUCACGGGUGAGGUGCGUCUGCUCAGGUGCUCAGGACGGAAGGCCGGUGAGGUUUGGAGGCCCCGCCAUGUCCUAUUUCGAAGAGGCUGACACAGAGGAGACAGUAACUUGUCUGCAGAUGACUCUCUACCACCCCAGCCAGCAGCAAAACGAGAUCUUCCAAUCAAUACGGUUUUACAACCGGGAGAAGCUGCCCUCCAGCGAGGUGGUGAGAUUCGGCCGGAAUUCCAGCAUCUGUCGCUACACCUUUCAGGACAAACAGGUUUCGCGGGUUCAGUUCUCGCUGCAGCUGUUUAAGAAGUUUGACAGCUCAGUGCUCUCGUUCGAGAUAAAAAACAUGAGCAAGAAGACGAGCCUGCUGGUGGACAACAAGGAGCUCGGCUACCUCAACAAGAUGGAUCUGCCCUACCGGUGCAUGGUACGGUUCGGCGACUACCAGUUCCUGCUGGAGAAGGAGGACGGGGAGUCCUUGGAGUUCUUUGAGACCCAGUUUAUUCUGUCGCCGAAGUCACUCUCGCAGGAGAACAACUGGCCCGCCCAGAAGCCUGUACCCGAGGAUGGCAGCUACUCCUCUUGGUCCACCCAGGACAGUUCGCCCUUGGAAAUGGAUGAAAAUGAGUUCUGAGCCUGGAGAACUGAGAUCAGGAAGGAUAGACAGACUCGGGGACAUUUAACAGAUGUCCGCUUGUCGUGCUGACGUCACCUGCCAGUGCCUGGCGUCACUGAAUCUGUCAGACUCUCAAUGUGUGCACGUUACUUUAGUGCCUGCCGGUGCGUUAAAGCCUUGGCUGUGCAGGAACGGGGAUAUCCAAAUUAGGUGGUGGUUUCUGUUGGCUGCUGGAUCCUGUUUGGCCAUCGUGAGACACCAUUCUCUGCAUCCGUCUCUGCAUCUGGUCCGGUCAUUUCAGAGCUGCCCUUCGUCAAGCUCCAAGCCCCAAGCAGGCUGCACCUGGCGCUUGGAGUCAGCUGCACUUGAGGUCCCAGGUUUCUGAACCCGGGUGCUGAGCGUUGGCGUGGCGGCGUGUCCCUGUGCCUUUACUACGGGAAGACUGAUUUGAGAAAGAGGAGAUUGGUCUUUCACUUCUGGAGAAUGAGUAUUUGUUCCCCAGAACAGAGUUCUCAUUCAGUUCAGUAUCUAAGUAUUUAAAUGUGCCAAGAGAGCACCAUUCUGCCGAGAUUCAGGUUUUUCCUUUUCGGUUUAAAACAAAUUUUAAGUUUGUUCAGUUCUAUGUAAUACAUACAUUUUUUAAAAAAUCCUCAAUUCCCACUUUUUAUGUUACUGGUGCCCGCUUGAGCAAAUCGAUGAGCAACAGGAUGACAGUGACAGUCUCAUUUGUUAUAGCCUUCAUGCAGUGUUUUCUCUAUUUUUUCUAAGCAUUUUCUUUGGGACUUUUUUUUUCUUUUUCCUUUUUGGUGUUUGAGCUACUCCCAAUGCAGUGCUGAGGAUUGAACAACGCCUUCUGCAUGCAGUGCUUUGCUUAGCCACAAGCCCUCUGAGCCACCCCCUGGCCCUGGACUUGUUUCUGGCCUUCCCCACAGUGAUGGGUAUCUUUAGGGCUACGUAGUGCCAGGGCCAAACCCAGCAUUCUGGGCAUGCCCUCCAGCACUCUGAGAAAGCAAGCAAAGAUCUGCUCUUAGAUUACUCUAUACAAAUAUGUAACAAAAUUAUUUAAAUUUCUAGUAGUAUAAGUACAUACUACUCUGCUCUAAAACUAUAGAAAGCAAAGAACUGCUAAGACUACUCUAUACAACUAUAUAAAAUAAUUUAUGAUAAUGUUUAAAUAUUUUUGAAGAUUUUAUCUUCUAAAAUAGGUGCUUAUAUUUGAUUCUCAUUCAAGUGAUUCCGACUAGGUGAUCAGUGACGUUUAAAUAACAUUCAAGUGUUCAGAUUUGCUAAAUUCUAGCACUUCCAAGAAGUGAAGCUUUGUGUGCAAUUUUUUUUUUCCAAGUAGAUCAAGUUUUCUACAUUGUGUUCAUUAAAAAACUAAAUAAUGCCUUUCUGGAUAAGGCUGUGAGCUAUGGCAGAAUGAAUACUGAGAACGAAUGCUGACUUACCAUCGAUGAGACUCUGGGUUUGAUCAUCAGCAAACACACACACAAACUCCUUCUAUGUUUCUUUUCCUAAUUUAUGUGCUUGAAAUUUUCGUUAGCUCGCUCCCUUCCCUGUCGCUGUCACUGCAGUGACCAGCAGUCACACACACUGGGCUCCGGUGCUGUGGUCUGUGGGUGCAACGCUCAGAUACUGCAUCGGCUGAUGGUGUGGGGGUCAGGGGCCUCGGUGGGAGUCCUGGGCCAUAGUGGGGAUCACACUGGCAUGAGGAACACUGUCAGUUCUUAGCUGAGACCUCAGCAGGAAGAGGUCCACCACCCAGCCAGUUUACUGCCUCCUCAGUUCCAAACUAAUGUUUUGUUUUUCCCAACAAAACUGGGGGUUUGAGCCACCCCUGGCAGUGAUCAGGGAACCGUAUGAAAUCAAACAGGGUCGGCUAUGUGCAGAGAUAACCCCCGUACUAUUUCUCUGACCCUUAAGUAUUUUUCAUAACUUUCCAGCUUCUCACUAAGAAUGUUCAACGUCUCUAGACCAUUCCUGAUUCGCUGCAUAGGUGCGUGAUACCCGGCACCCUCACCGCUAGCCCUGAGCCUCCAAGUACAUCUACAAAAGUGGCCAGUGUGAGGCCGAGAAAGAACCUCAUAUGUGCCAUGACAGGCUGCACUUAAGCAAAACAAGCAGUAGGCCUAAAUUUCUGUUUUCCCCCUAAAAAUUCCCUGAGAUUGCCCUUGGCCGAAGCUGGAAAUCCCCCAGACGCCUCUAGCCAGUCCUAUGAUAAGUGGGAUUAUCUCUGGCACAGCAGGUGGGCAUGACCAAUUAGCUCACAGACUUGUGACUGCUUCGUCGCAAUUCUUGGGAAAACUGCCAACGUUGCUUAUAUAACCAUAUGCCAUAUAAUGUUCCCUGGAACUGUGGUCGGGUCCAGAUUCUUUUGCUUUCGCAUUUUCACUUCUGGAACUGGUGUCUCUGCCAACGGGAAACCCAGGUAUAACGGCCAGAAAGAUCACCUCACUUCCCAAAUCCACAUCCUACCUCUCCUGCUCACUCCUUGGGGUUGAGUAACUAGCCCCCCUCCACCCCCAACCUCCGCACCCUAUUUCUAUGUGCUAAUCUUUAGGACCUGUGACUGCAUUGUUACAUGGCGGAGGAAGCUUAGUUGUAGGAUGGAAUUAAGACUGCUAAUGGAGGACCUUUUAAACUGAGUGAUUAUCCCAAAUUAUCUGGGUGGCCCAAUGACGCAGAGGCAGGAAGAGGCAAAACGGCUUGUAGGAGAUGCAGGGUGACACCCCCUGCUCCUGCUGGAGGUGGAGAUGAAGGGGCCCCGGGACAGAAGACGUGCAGCUCCUGAAGACACAAAUGUGCACUGGACAUCUCACUGCUGCACCGGGAGAGGCGGCUGGGGCGGGAGCAGCUGUGUAUGUGGACGCCUUGCAGUGAACUUCUAUCCAACUGGAGGAUGGCAAAACUACUGUGAGCUCAACUGAAGCCACUGGUGAGAGCAACAGAGAGCGCCCAGGGUCCCACCUCUGAGCUCAUUCGGCUCCCCUUCUCACUCCUGUCAAUCAGCUGCCUGUACUAUACCAUCUUUUUCUGCCACACAGCGCCUGCUCCAUGUGGACUUAUAAGCCAGUUAGAACUCCUGGUUAGAAUUGCUUCCAGUGUAACUAGACUCAGGGUAAAAAAGGUUUUCUGUAAACAAAGUGUGAUACUUUGACCACUAGUACCUGUUGUCACAUUUUGACCAUUUUGGAAGAUCUCACUUGUCUGGUUUCCUGUCCUUGAGACUAAUAAAUGAGUCACUGAGUUACAGAGUCUAAAUACUGUGGAAUUCAGAUGCCAUUGUCCUGAAUCA